AUAAUUAUUUUUUAAGAGGUUUGUGCUUAAAGUUGGUUGACGUCUCUAAAGUUGAAUGUUUUGUAGUUCCCGAGAUCUCGACGGUUAUACGGACGGACAGACGGAUAUGGCCAGAAAGACUUUACUAGUCUAGACUAGUGAUCAAAAAUAUAUGUAUACUUUUUAGGGUAGAAAUGCUUGCAUCUACACUUUAAUGAAUACAGUAAUGGGUGUAAUUUCCCCGACCUGUCUAAUAAACCUAAACGGCAAUUAAUUAAAAACUAUCACAGGAUUAUUACCCCUACAGGCUAGUCACCCAUUGUUUUCGGAAAUAAACUUUAUUAGUCUACAUAGACCUUUCGACUAUAAUGCCGAAAAUACUAAGUUGCCUAGCACUUGGCAUUUAUUUCCCAUUCACAUAUUAUUUACGUUCAAAAUUUUUACCUUGCCUGGUGCACUGCUUUAAAUAUUAUUCCUGGGAGAAAUGUGAACCAGUUAAUUUUGAAAAUAUGUUAUUUUUGUCGGCUUGGGUCGGCGCCAGUGGAUUGCUGUGGGUAUCGUCGAAUUACACAGAAUUCCACUUUGUGUUCUCCUGGAUAAUUGUCACUUUUGAGUUAAUAGUGCUUGAGAUUUCUUAUAUGACCUAUGCUAUUAUUCUAACAAAAAAUUACGUUUGGAAUUGGCAUAUUAUAUUCUUCGGUAUCCUGGUCUUCAGCUUCGUUUUGGUUUUGUUACACAUGCUGGUAGCAAAAAAGAUUGUUAAAAACCACUUGAUCGAAAACAUUUUCAGGGUGCUUCCUGAUAACACUGAUAACUAGUAUCUAAUAUGUUAUGUAGGCAUUAACUUCUUAAAACAUUUCUGCCGAAUUAAAAUAUAUAUAACUAAUUUCAAUAUUUAAAUUGAUUGAGAAUUGUGUUUUUAUUUAGUUUUAAAUUGUGCAGAAUCUGUGAUCUGCCAUUAUUUGCGACCGGUAAGACAUCAAAGCUUAAACGAAAUCAAAUUUCAAUUUAUUGGAAUACAUACAUCAUACAUCGUACAUCAUACAUAUUUCCGGAAUAU